AUGGAUACUCCCGCCCCCAACCAAGUCCACUCAGAGGUUGUGUCGUCAAGCUCCAGCACCACCAGCUUCUUCUCCAAUACUGCCGGUACCAAGUCCUCCGCUCCAGAGAUGACACCCUCGUCUACCCCGAGCCUGAAGUCCGAGGAUGACACCUGCGACACCUGCAAGAUUGGCACCCGCCCCCUGUCUCCCCUUCAGCGAGAAUUUCCCAAGCCAGCCCAAGACGUCGAUGUCAAGGCCAUGCUGGAGCGAGAGCCAGGCCGCUGGUCCAUCCAGGGCCAGAUUGCUGCCAACCAGCAGCGACACAAACCCACACUCAACGAGGAGGAGUUGAAAGAGAGACGAGCGCGGGACUUCGAAGCCGCAAAGAAAGACCUCCUCGCUUUCCAAAGCAACAAUCAGCCACCCAACCACGGAUCCUGGUAG